GCCUGAGGCCUAGGCGGACCGGACGACGGCGAGCGGAACCUAGCGGUACCAGGCCGGGCCGGUGUGUGAGAGACAGAGUGACUGACUGACUAGCCGAGAGCCCAGGCUUGCCGGGAGCUACCAGGCCGGGCCGGUGCGACAACCGCGGCGGGAGAGAGAGACAGACAGAGACAGUGACGAGCCGAGAGCCCGGGCAACAGGCGGCGAGCCGGGCCGGGCCGGGCGGCGGCGGCAGGUGGGUGCAGCUGCUGACGGCCUCCCUCAGCUGACAAGAUGUUCAAUAAGUCGCAGUUCGGCACCCCCACCUUUGGCAACACCAGCGGAUUCACCACCUCGGCGUUCGGCCAAAACACGGCCACCACGGGGUUCGGCGGCUUUGGCGCAGGGACGGCUGGCUUCGGCGUGGCUCCUAACACCGGCGGAGGACUCUUUGGUAACACUCAAACCAAACCAGGAGGCCUGUUUGGGUCCAGCAGCUUUGGGCAGCCGGCAACCUCUUCCACCAAUGCGGGCUUUGGUUUUGGGACGUCGACUUCCAACAGUCUCUUUGGGGGAACGAGCGCCGGAGGGCUCUUCUCCAACCAGCAGAGCAAUGCCUUCACGCAGAGCAAGCCCGCCGGGGGCUUCGGAACUUUCGGAACCAGCACCGCGGGCGGGGGGCUGUUUGGGACCACAAGCACAGCCUCCAACCCUUUCGGUGGCACUUCAGGGAGCCUCUUUGGAGGGACCACCUUCACCACAGCUGCCCCCACAGGAACCACCGUUAAAUUCAAUUCUCCAACUGGCACGGACACGAUGGUGAAGUCUGGCGUCAGCACCAGCAUCAGCACCAAACAUCAGUGCAUCACCGCCAUGAAGGAGUACGAGACAAAGUCGCUGGAGGAGCUGCGGUUUGAAGACUACACGGCCGGCCGGAAGGGCCCGCAGGCCCCCAUGGGUGGUGGGGCCGGGCUGUUUGGUGCAACGACCGCCACCUCCACCGCGGGCGCCGGGCUGUUUGGUGCCACGCCCGUCAACCCCGCUGGCGGCUUCAACUUCGGCCAGACCAAGACCAGCUUCGGAGCAAACACUGGGCUCCUUUCGAAAGUGGGUAUGCUGGGAGCAGGCUGUGGGUCCAGUCUACAGAAACCAGGUACGGGCGCCUUCGGCACGUCCACUGGCGGUCUCUUUGGCCAGGCACAGCCCACCGGCAGCCUCUUCGGGACCAAGCCCUUCGGACUGGCCACCACCACACCGAGCACCGGCUUCGGCUUCGGCACUGCCAACACUCUGGGGCAACCCAACACCAGCAGCAUGAGUUUAUUUGGAACGGGACAAGUGUCUCAAUCCGGAGGGAUUUUUGGAACCAACACCAACACCACGGGCACGGCAUUCGGUGCCACUGGCGGCCUGUUUGGCAACACCAACGCUGCCUUCACCAACGUCAACAACACCCUGUUUGCCGCCAAGCCGGCCGGAUUUGGCACGGCGACCACCACCGCUUCCACCUUCGGCGCUGCCGGUGCUGGGCUGUUCGGGGCCAAGCCAAACCUGACCAUCGGAGCCGGCGCUAACACCUCAAACUUUGGAUUUGGAACCAACGUGGUGACGGGCGGACUGUUUGGGAACAAGCCCGCAGCUGGAGCGCUGGGGACCACCCUCGGGGCUGGCUUUGGUACAGCUCUGGGAGCGGGGCAGACCUCCCUGUUCGGCAACACGCAGCCCAAGAUGGGCAUCACGUUGGGAGCCGGUGGAUUUGGGGCGGGAGCGUUCAACACCGGCACGGCCGGGGUGGGGUUUGGGGCACCGCAAGCCGCCAUGUGUCUGACGGAUCCCACUGCCUCGGCUACACAGCAAGCCGUGCUGCAGCAGCAACUCAACGCUCUGGCCUACACCCCCUUCGGAGACUCCCCGCUGUUCAGGAACCCUAUGGUGGACAACAAGAAGAAAGAGGAGCGGCUGAAGCCCACCAACCCGGCGGCCCAGAAGGCGCUGACCACCCCCACUCACUACAAGCUGACGCCCCGCCCUGCCACCAGGGUGAGGCCCAAGGCCCUGCAGGCCACGGGAUCCACCAAGUCGCAGCUCUUCGACGGACUGGACGAUGACGAGCCCAGCUCCCUGUCCAAUGGCACCUUCCUGCCCAGGAAGAGCAUCAAGAAGCUGGUACUGAAGAGCUCCAACACUUCAUCGCUGUACUCACCAGGACCCGGCAAGGAGCACAACGAUUUAGCCUCUCCCCCCGAGUACCCAGAGAAUGGCGUGGCUGAGCAGCAGAGCCGGCUGGAGCGGGAGGACGAUGACCACCCGGAGGUGAACAAAUGCUACACCAACACCAUCGUGAAGCCCAUCCCCCAGACGCCGCCGGAGGGGCUGGGCGGCAACAAGCACCAGACGUCGUCAGCCAUGGACGACACCAUCGCCGAGAUGAACCUGCGCAACACCCUCCGCAACGGCACCACCGAGGGCAGCAGCGACGGGGCGUCCUGCAUCGAGGGCUCGCUGCAAGAGGAUCCCGAGCCCGAGGUCGAUGACAUGCUGCCACCACACCCAGCAGGCAUCGUGCUGAGCAAGGUCGGCUACUACACCAUCCCAUCCAUGGAGGAACUGGCCCAACAACUGACCAACGAGAGCGGCGAGUGCAUUGUGGAGAACUUCACCAUCGGUCGCAAAGGGUACGGCUCGGUGUAUUUCCCCGGUGUGGUGAACCUGACCAACAUGGACCUGGAUGAGAUCGUGCACAUACGCAGGAAAGAGGUGACCGUCUACCUGGACGAUGACAAACGGCCUCCCAUGGGCGAGGGGCUCAACAGGCGGGCGGAGGUGACCCUGGACGGCAUUUGGCCGACGGACAAGAGCACGCGCUGCCUGAUCAAGUCCCCGGAGCGGCUGAUGGAGAUGGGCUUCGAGGAGAGGCUGGAGAACUCCUCGCGCAAGCAGGGCGCCCGCUUCCUGGAGUACAGGAGUGAGACCGGCUCCUGGGUCUUUGAGGUGAUGCACUUCUCCAAGUACGGGCUGCAGGAUUCAGACGAGGAGGACGUCGAGCCCUCCAAGGCGGAGACGAAGAAGAUGAAAACGGCCUCUCUCCCGGCCCAGCGGUCCGAGCAGCUCUGCAAACACAGCCGCAUAGAGCAGAGUGCGAUGCUGCAGCAGGUGGGGCGGGUGCCAGAGUUGGACAGCGACAUGGCCGACAUCACCCAGGAGCCCGCUCCAGACGGCUUGUUGGACGAGGACAUGACAGAGGAGCAGGAGCCCGUGUCAGCGUCCAGCCACAUCGCAUCCAGCUUGGGGGUCGACCCACACACCCUGCAGGUGAUGAAGGUGUCUCUGUUCGGCGAGGAGGAGGACGAGGAGAUGGACGGGCUACAGGAGCAGCGUUACACCCCACGCACGUCCCGUGACGCUUGCACCCGACCCCUCUCCACCCACGACCAGCGGCCCAGGGGCCUGGGCUCGAUGCUGCUGAGCUCGAGUUUGAGGAAGCUGCUGCCUGGGGCCGGCGGGCAGCUGGAGGCGAGGAGCUCGUGGUCGUCGCUGGAGGUGGAGUCGCUGCGCUCGCCGCUGCUGCAGCCGUGGCCGGUGUCGGGGCAGCUGCCGGCCAACUUUGCCACGCCGGGGCAGGCAGCCGAGGUGCCGCUGAAGUCGGUGGGGGCGCGGCAGCAGCGGGGGCUGGUGGCCCCCGAAGAGUCGGUCACCUGGGGCAAGGGCAAGCUGCUGAUGGACAUGGCCCUGUUUGUCGGCCGCUCCUUCAGGGUGGGCUGGGCCCCCGGGGGAGUCCUGUGCCACAGUGGCAAACCCCUCAGCCCCCCUACAGCCCCCCCAGAGCCUGACACCUGCAGCCUGGAGUACAACUACUUCCCCAAGCCUACGCGCAUCAAAUCGGCUGCCGAGCUCCCGUUCAAGGUGUACCUGGAGAAGGUGAGGCUGCGGGAAGAGCAGGCGAGGUGGGACCUGUCGCUGUACAAGGACCCGCUGGAGAUGGCGCUGCAGCACAGCGUGGUGGAGACCAAGGGGCAAUGCCCGCGCAUCGUGCCCCGGCCGGGGGUGGAGGCCCUGCACAAGUAUGCCGAGUGGGCUCAGGACGCCAUGGACAAGUCUGAGGGCACUGAAGUGGUGGUGCGGGACUGGUCGCUGGCGUGGACCCUGUGCGAGGCUCUGUGGGGUAACCUGAAGGAGCUGGAGGGGGGUCUGUCCGAGCCCACACCCUACCUGACACAGCUGCAUCGACGCAGAGCCUUCUCCCGCUGGCUCUCGGCCGCCGCCGAGGACAAGGUGGAGGAGGAGGUGGGCCUGGCCCAGCACAGGGGCCAUGUUGAUGCAGUCUUCAGCUACCUGACCGCCCAACGCAUCAGUGAGGCCUGCAGGCUGGCCCAGCGCUCAGGGGACCACCGGCUGGCGCUGCUACUGGCCCAGGCAGGCGGGGACUUCCCGGUCCGGGAGCUGCUGAGCCGCCAGCUAGCUGACUGGAACCAGCUGGUAGCCGACACCUUCAUGCAGGAGGAACGACUGAAGAUCUUUGCACUGCUGGCCGGCAAAGCUGUGUGGAAGUCGUCGGACGGCUACAUCAACAUCUGUGCACAGCUGGACUGGAAGCGGUGUCUGGCGGUACACCUGUGGUACAUGCUGCCCGCUAGUGCCUCCGUCGCCGACGCCCUCAACAUGUACACCGAGGCCUUUCAGGGCAGCGAGGUCGUGGAGAGGUACGCGCGCUACCCUCUGCCUCCGUACCUGGAGGACACCGACGUCGACCUGAUCGAAGCUGCCGAGAGUGAAGGUGGCAGAGCCCCUCAGCAGGACAUCUGUUACCAUCUGCUGAAGCUCUACAGCGACAGGCACCACGAGCUGCACCCCCUCCUCAACCCGCGGGCAGUGUCCGCUGACCACCUGGACUUCCGGCUGAGCUGGCACCUGUGGGCAGUGCUGCACGCCCUCCACUACACCCACCUGUCGGAGAAGCAGCAGGCCACCGUCCACACCAGCUACGCCGCGCAGCUGGAGGCUGCCGGACUCUGGCACUGGGCCAUCUUUGUGCUCCUGCACAUUCCCAAUCCCCGGCAGCGGUUACGGGCGGUGCGGGAGCAGCUGAACAGACACUGCACGCUGGAGGAGACGGACGAGCAGCGGGACAGGGAGGAGUUUGUGCAGCAGCGUUUGUCCAUCCCCCCGCAGUGGGUCCACGAUGCCAAGAGUCUGCGCGCCCACCACCAGGGAGACCUGCACAAGGAGGCCCACCACCUGAUGGAGGCCGGGCACUGGAACCACUGUCACCGGCUCGUCAUCCGACACCUCGCCUCAGACGCCAUCAUCAACGAGAACUACAGCUACCUGAAGUUUUUCCUGGGUCGGCUGGCGUUGCCCGAGUGCACGCUGCACAUCCAGGACUGGGACAGCGCUGGGGCCGUCUUCCACGACUACAUCCGCCUGAUGGAGAUGGUGCGGGGCAUCGCGGAGGUGGACAACCCUGCGUAUGAACUGGAGAAGAUCCACACGGAGGUGAUGUCCCUGUGUAACCGCAUCGACCUCAUCCAGUGUCUGUCGGCCAAGGACCGGCUGGCCCAGGCAGACAUGGCCAAGCAGCUGGCGAACACUCUGCGGACGGUGCUGUCGCUGCAGCAGGGUGGGGAGGUGCCGGGGGGCCGUGCACGACUUCCCCUCCGCCUGCUCGCCCCCUGCAUCCGCCGCUUGCCCCUCCCCGAGGACUACGCCCUUCAGGAGCUGCGGGGCCUGACGCGCUCCUACCUGCAGGAGCUCACAGUCCACCCCUAACCCCCCCUCUACCCCCCCUGUCCCCCCCUGGCCUGGCCCGCAAUUACCUGUCAGUCCCUAAUCUCCCUCCCCCCUA